AUGAAGAUCUUCCCUCUCCAUUCAAACAGCUACUUUUUUGCUUGCGCCGGCGGCGAGCUCAACACCAUCCAUGUGUUGAAUUCGUCUGGCCAGCACGGUCAUGGAGCUGUAAUGUAUCCUUACAGGGACUGGCGGCUGGUAGAGAAGAUCCAUCCAAACGGCGUAGGCACCCAAUACACGGCGUUAGAUGUUAACGGGAACGUCGUCAUCAGCGGGGACAAUUUGGAUGAAAUUGCGAACAAGGACGAGGAGAUUUGCAAGAGGAACGAGAAUCUGGCUGCAUCAAGAAGUAAGAUCGUUGAGUUGGAAGCAAUUAUCCAUAAGUACGGGGAAGAAAUUGCGGAGAAAAAUGAGCAGCUGGAAUCAAACGAUAAAAAGAUGAAGAAACUGGAAGCAAUUAUUAUCAAGGAUGAGGAAGAAGCUAACAGGAAAAGACAAGAGCUGCAAGCAAAGAAUAAUAAGAUUGAGGAGCUAGAGGCCAUUAUCAAGGAUAGUGAAAAAGAAGCUGCCCAAAAAUUUCAGGAGCUGGAAGAAAGGAAUAACAAAAUUGAGGAGCUGGAAGCAAUCAUCAACGAUGCUACCCAAAAAAUCCAGGAGUUCGAAGCAAUUAUCAAGAAAGGUGAGAAAGAUGAUUCUCAGAAAGUUAAGGAUCUAGAAGAGAAAAAUAAAAAGAUUGAGGGGUUGGAAGCAAUUAUUAAGGAGCGGGAGGCAGAAAUUGCUGAGCAAAAUCACGAGUUGGAUGCCAAGGAGGGGAAGAUAGAGGAGCUAAUAGUAGUUAUCAACAAAAAAGACGAUGAGAUUGCAGCGAUAAAAAAUCAAGGAUCACGCCCUACUGUAUCGCCGAUAGUAACAACGCCGCCAACAUUAGAGGGGUUAUCGGGAGGAUUAUUGGUUGAAGAAAUUGUGACUAAUUCUAAGGAUGUCAAAAUAGCUAUUUCGCUGAAGAUCGACCUUGUGAAGGACGAGAAAUCAACCAACAAUAUAGUGCAGGAGAAGAUAGAUUUCAUGGAGCAAGAAUCAAAGCAAAAAGACAACCAACUGAAAGCUAAGGACGAAGAAAUUUCAGAGUUGAAGAAAGUAAUAAAUGAUAGGGACAAAGCCAUACAAAAGCAAAGUGAGGAGCUUGCAAAGCUGAUAGCUCAACAAUCAUCUAAUUCCAUGGCACCAACGCAAGAACCAGUCACGCUUGAUGACAUUAAGAUAGAGGAACUCAAUGCCAAAGAUGAGGAGAUGAGCAAGAAAGAUGCGGAGCUCGAGGCGAAAAACAAGCACAUGAUCGACGUGGAAGAGGCGAUGAAGAAGAAACUAGAUGAGGAGAUUGGUAAGACGAAGGAAGAACAAAAGAACAAAGAAGAGGAGGUUAAGGAGAAAGAUAAAGAGAUUGUUGACCAGGUCACGAAGUUGGAAGCUGAUAAGAAAAUGAUCGACCAAAAGGAGAAAAUGAUCAAGAAGAAGGACAGGGAGAGUAUAAAAGCAAACCAAUAA